UUCGCCCGCAUCCGCCGGGGUCAAACUUCUUAGCUGUUCAGUUUCUUCGCAAUCCAUUUGCCACCUUCAAGUCAAUCUUACGAAGUGCGCAUAGUCGCCGACCUUUGCCUCCAAGUCGACGCAGGUGCGAGCAGACAGUAUGUCGUCCAAUUCUGAUCAGCGUCAGCAACCAGGUCAAACAGGUCAGAAGGAGGCAGAAGCACUUUCGGUGCUUGCACAAGCUACCCGGCAUCAGCCGAGCUCAUCAACUGCUCCACUCAACGAGAUGCCCGGCACCCCUAGUCGACGGAGACAUACGGACGCACAAGGCUUGGUCCCUGCAACGCCGACCCGGGUGGAGAGAGCCACGACUGUCAGUGGACUGUUCACACAAACCACGCAGACUACUCAGGCCGGGCCUUCGCGCGGACACAAUCCGUACAUGCGACCCACAGCGCCUCGACCGUGGUUUGAGCAGCAUGCUCUUCUACCGGCAGACCCAAGCUCACAUUGGCAGCUCAUGCAACCGACCCACCUUCGGCCGGAAGAUCCAUGCUCUGCGCCGAUUCCGGUGUCCGCUGGUCUUACGCCGUCUCCCCCACUGGCGCCAUCACCUCGACUCACGCCGUCUCCUCGACCCUCGAUGAUCCCUCGAAGGGUGUCGAAACAGCCUAGCGCGUCGGCCCAAGGGACUGCGGGUGGCGACAAUCAAUAUUUAGAUCACGGUAGUACAAGCCAAGGUAUCAGAGGAAUGGGACCGUCAAGCUCUGUCCAGGCUUCACUUCCACACGCACGAAUUACCGGUCCCGCGCUGGGAUUGCCGGCACAAGGACUUGGGGCCCCGUUGCCUUCUGUCUCACAGUUGCCACUAGGCUCCUCGACAAAUCAGCUUCACCAGCUGCCGCCCAUAGACUCGCGAAGAGCGUCUCAGCCUUCCAAUCUGCCACAGCCUUGGAAUCCGUCACACUCUUCGAGGUGGUCACAACAGCCGCCUGCUACCGCACACCCUUCUAUUCCGAGUAGAAUGCCACAGAAUCAUCAGCAGAAUGUGCUGCCACCGCUGCGUCCCGAGACGAUCACCAAGUCUCUCCUCCCAAUAGCUGCCAUUCAAAAUACUGGAGCGCAGCCAAGACUCGUGAUGAGAGACAGCUCUUCGCCUGAAUCUCGACAGAGGUCUCAGUCCUCCGAGAUAAUGUCGUCCGUGCAUCUCCCUUCACCACCAUCGGUCCUCCGUCCUUCUGUCUCGUCUCUCUAUUCAGCCAGCCGACCGGGUCUGACAGGAAUGCCAAAUGCCACAGCUACCUUUGCGCAAGGUGUGCAGCGAUCAGUACCGCCUGCGCAGUUGGACGACUUGCGCAUCGACGAACCAACUUCUUCUCAGGUCACUCAACCCCAGCAGCCAUCAAUGAGCUCGACCAUGGCUCCGACUAUCGCCCCAUCGACUUUGCUCUGGCCUCCAGGGGCUAAAUCAUCUACCAACGCGCCGAAGAAGACGAUAGGCUCUGUUCCCGAAGGUACAUCUUUGACGCACUUGGCAAUUGCAGCAGCUCAAGCUGCACCGCUGCCACAUCCGCCGUGCGAUCCGAGUAACACGUUGCCGUCUGCACAUGGCGUCCCGAUCCCAGGUGGGCCGCUCUCCAACCCCUCAAAAAGCGCGUCGGGACGCACACGUCGCCUUGCGUCUCUGGCGAUUGCGACGUCGAGUCCUUCCGCAGGGGGACCAGCAGCAUCAGCUGGCAAGUGCAAGGGCAAGGGCAAAAACAAGGCGAAGCGGCCUCGGGCUGAACGGUCCGAGUCAUCGCAAUCAUCAGAAAUCGGCAACGAUGCCCCACCGUCGUCGUCGCACGCGAGAGCACUGAGAUGGAUGCCAGUGUCCGUGGCAGGUGAAAGCCCCCAAGCUCUGAAGGGAGGCUCAGGCAGCGGCUUGCAAAAGGCCAGCACAGCGCCACAAGUGGUGACGGAGCCCGUGGUACCCUCAACUCAAUCCGCCAUCGUGGAACUUUGUGAGGACCUACGGCAAGUUCGUCUGCAAUCUGCCGGACGGCGGUCGGCGUUCUGGAACGAGUACUUUGUUUGGUCAGGCAGCCUAUCUAUUCAGAGCGGCUUGUUUCGCGACGCGAAUGUUCUUUGUGAGGAGAUGCGCAUCUUACACGGUAAGGUCUAUCAGCAACUUGAAAGGUUUGAAGGCUUUCGAAUCAAUCAUCACCGUUUGAUUCAGGGCCUCACAAGUGACUGCAUCAAGCUUUGGGAGGAACAAGAUGCCUUUUACUCGAGACUAUCCGCAUUGUUGCCGAAUGAUCAAGUCGCAGCCAAUGUGCCGGUGACUGCUAGCGAUGAGCCGUCCGCUCAAGCAUUGACAGGGACUUCUGAAGGUCCAAACACACAAAGUACUUGACAUUGGCCGCUUAUCCCUCUCUGACGCACAUUUGUACCGCGCAUCACAUCUCUCGCCAUCUCAUCAUCUGAACACAUACAUUGCUCUCUGAGCGGAAUCUCAUUUUGCCUGUUCCAAAAUUGCAUCGAUCGGCUUGGCUUGGGCGAGAUCGGCCGCCGGGUUGUCCGCCUGUGCGAAAAUGGCUUGGAGGUGCUAGCGGUGCUUGA